UGACUUCUCGUUGAUUUUAUUCAGAUUUAGAAAGUGUUGUGUUUAUAAAGUUGUGUGAGUGGUACAAAAGCAAUCGAAUAUUUUUAGUUUCACUUACUAAAAUGAACACACGGGGUAUCUACGAGUACGCUAUGAGACAGUAUUGUAAUGAUGGUGCACGAGCUCACGUUAGUAUUCUACCACAUCUCUGGCGGCGUUGAAACACCAGAGUUGCCGUAGAGUUGUGGAAGCGUAAUGAAGGAUUUAAAACCAUGGAUAUCAACAGCACUGAUUUCUCAAACAAUGGACCACACGAUGGAUCAUUCUAUGCACAUGGCGCCAGCUAUGGACAUGAUGCCCAACCACGGCGACCACGACCACGACAACGACCACGGCUGCGACCCCAGCCAUCACCACGCUAUGGUGUUCCACGCAUGCGUGUGCCAAGAGAUCCUGUUCAAAGGCUGGAUGACCACAAACACUUUGGAGAUGUUCGGCUCUUGUGUGGCGAUCUUCUUAGCAGCCGUGCUGUACGAAGGUCUCAAGUACUACAGGGAGGCGCUACACUCCCGCGCCACGACCGCCACGGCUGACUCCAGGGUCAAUAUCACUAAGAAUGAGUGUGGAGCUGGUGGGAACUGCGGCGGGCCUGUUGUUGUCAAAUAUUCUAUGCUAUCCGGCAGUCACAUAGUCCAGACGGGUCUGCACGUGGUGCAGGCGACUUCCUCCUACAUCCUGAUGCUGAUAUUCAUGACGUACAACGUGUGGCCAUGCCUGGCUCUGGUACUCGGCCUGGGAGUCGGAUAUUUCUUCUUUGGCUGGAGGAAAAGCACCGUCGUGGACGCCAAUGAGCAUUGUCAAUGA